GUUCGGCAGUCCAUAGUUGAGGGUAGCUUACGUUUCGUGGCACCUAUGGCUUUUCCACAUAACUAUCAACAUCCGGCUGUUUUUGUGGCAACUUUACUGUUCAACUGUGACUCAAUUCACAUGAGCAUUUUUAUAAAUUGUAGUGUCGACACGUGCUUUUCAGAACUGGCUACUAACGUAGCCAUCCAUUUCAACAUCAUACAAGAUCGUGCAAAAUCGAUUGAUUUUUCAAAACAUACUGAAAAUGACCUACAUGAUGUAAUAAAUUACCAUACGGAGUUGCUGGGCAUAUGUUCAAACGUUAACAGCAUUUUUCAGCACACAGUAUUUUAUCUGCUAAUGCUGGACUCGGUGCUGUUGUGCGUAAUUGGUUAUCAAUUUGUACUUUUCAUGAACACCCCUCGCGUUGUUAUGCUGGCUUCUAUGGCGUUUGUAAUGCUAUUACAAGCAGUAAUUUACACCUACCAUGGCUCCAAGAUGCACGAUGAGAGCUUAAGAGUUGCUGACGCUUUUUACCAAAGCAAUUGGUACGAGGGAAGUUUAACCAUGAAGAAAAAACUACUUCUCUGCAUCAUGCGAGCUCAGAAACCUGUCGUUACCAAGGGUGGUUUUAUAAAAGCAACAUUACCUACUUUGAAAAAGAUGUUAAACUCAACUGGUUCUUACAUCACUAUGCUACUAUCGUUAGACACUAAUGUUGCAGCGGAAUAG